GCCGGAGGCUUGGAGAUUGGAAAAGCCACCAAACUCAGCCUAGCAGCCCCUCUCCUGCUCCAUUCUCAUUCUCCACUGCAGCAGCUCCAAGACAGGUCCUGGUUCUGACCCAAGGCUCUAGCGGGCCUGCUGCAGCUUCCCGGACACCCCUAGGUCAAGGGCAGUUCCCCUUCCCCCCCUGGAAAAACUCCUCCGGAGCCCCCGCUCCAAGAAAGCCCCAGUAAAAGAGAUCAACAUGGCAGACGUGGACGCCAGCACCGCCGCUUCCGAGGCUGGAGCUGAGGACGUUUCCCUCUUCAGCAUAACAGACAUGUUUCUCUUUUCCCUCAUCGUGGGACUGCUGACUUACUGGUUCUUCUUCAGAAAGAAAAAGGAGGAAAUCCCCGAGUUCACCAAAAUUCAGACGCCGGCGAUCUCUUCUGUGAAAGACAGCAGCUUUGUGGAAAAGAUGAAGAAAACGGGCAGGAACAUUGUUGUGUUUUACGGCUCCCAGACGGGCACGGCUGAAGAGUUUGCUAACCGCCUCUCCAAAGAUGCCCACCGCUACGGCAUGCGAGGGAUGGCCGCUGACCCCGAGGAGUACGACUUGGCCGAUUUGGGCAGCCUUCCAGAGAUAGACAACUCCCUGGCGGUGUUCUGCAUGGCCACCUAUGGGGAGGGAGACCCCACCGACAAUGCCCAGGACUUCUAUGACUGGCUUCAAGAGACAGAUGUCGAUCUCUCGGGUGUCAAGUUUGCGGUGUUUGGUCUUGGGAACAAGACCUAUGAACACUUCAAUGCGAUGGGGAAAUACGUGGACAACCGGCUGGAGCAGCUGGGCGCUCAGCGAAUAUUCGAGCUAGGCCUGGGUGAUGACGAUGGAAACUUGGAGGAAGAUUUUAUCACCUGGAGAGAACAGUUCUGGCCCGCUGUUUGUGAACACUUUGGAGUGGAAGCUACUGGUGAAGAAUCCAGCAUUCGUCAGUAUGAGCUGGUGGUGCACACCGACGAGAACAUGAACAAAGUGUACACCGGGGAGAUGGGCCGCCUAAAGAGCUACGAGAACCAGAAGCCGCCGUUUGACGCCAAGAAUCCGUUCCUGGCCAACGUGACCGCCAACCGGAAGUUGAACCAGGGAGGAGAGCGCCACCUCAUGCACCUGGAGCUGGACAUCUCCAACUCCAAGAUCAGGUACGAGUCUGGCGACCACGUGGCGGUGUACCCGGCCAACGACGCCUCGCUCGUCACCCAGCUCGGGGAGAUCCUGGGCGCCGACCUGGACGUGGUCAUGUCUCUGAACAACCUGGACGAGGAGUCCAACAAGAAGCACCCGUUUCCCUGCCCCACCACGUACCGCACGGCACUCACCUACUACCUGGACAUCACCAACCCGCCCCGGACCAACGUCCUCUACGAGCUGGCGCAGUACGCCGCCGAGCCGGCCGAGCAGGAGCAUCUCCGCAAGAUGGCGUCGUCGUCGGGCGAGGGCAAGGAGCUCUACCUGAGCUGGGUCGUGGAAGCCCGGAGGAACAUCCUGGCCAUCCUGCAGGACUACCCCUCGCUGCGGCCCCCCAUCGACCACCUGUGCGAGCUGCUGCCCCGCCUGCAGGCCCGCUACUACUCCAUCGCCUCCUCCUCCAAGGUUCACCCCAACUCCAUCCACAUCUGCGCCGUCGUCGUGGAGUACGAGACCAAGUCCGGCCGCCUCAACAAGGGCGUGGCCACCAACUGGCUGAAGGCCAAGGAGCCGGCCCUGGACAACGGGCACAAGGCCACGGUGCCCAUGUUCGUGCGCAAGUCCCAGUUCCGCCUGCCCUUCAAGCCCACAACGCCCGUCAUCAUGGUGGGCCCCGGCACCGGCAUCGCCCCCUUCAUGGGCUUCAUCCAGGAGCGGGCUUGGCUCAAAGGCCAGGGUAAGGAGGUGGGCGAGACGGUGCUGUACUAUGGCUGCCGGCGCGCCGACGAGGACUACUUGUACCGCGAGGAGCUCGCGCAGUUCCACAAGGACGGGGCCCUCUCCCAGCUCCACGUGGCCUUCUCCCGGGAGCAGGAGCACAAGAUCUACGUGCAGCAUCUGAUGAAACAGAACAAGGAGCACCUUUGGCGGCUGAUCCACGAGGGCAGCGCCCACAUCUACGUGUGCGGGGAUGCCCGGAACAUGGCUCGGGACGUGCAGAACGUGUUCUGCGAGAUCGUGGCCGAGUUCGGGGACAUGAGCCAGGCCCAGGCCGUGGACUUCAUCAAGAAACUGAUGGCCAAGGGGCGCUACUCCCUGGACGUGUGGAGCUAGGGCCCGGCCCCCCAGCCCCCCCCAGCCCCCGCCGUUCGAGUAAUCAGCCCUUUCCUCAUUGCCUUCUCCCUCUCCCUCGGUGGUUUCUGCUCGGCCUGGCCGUGGGGGAGGGAGAGGCCGACUUUCUGUGGUAAGCCGGGCCGGGAGGCGCCCAAGCCCCGGCCAGCGGUCACUUUUUAGGAGGCCUCAGAGCGGCCGUGGGGGCAGCCCGGCGGCUUCUGCCCUCUUGAGGUCACAAUUUGCGGUGCGGCCGUGGGGGGGCAGCAGCCUGCCUCCCGCUGGGCCCUCUGCCUCAGCCUGCCUCUUUCAGAAGAGGAGGGAUGGAUGGGCUCUUCAUCCUCGCCAGGGCUCUCCUGUGCCAAAGUGCCCUCUGGCCGGGGAGCCCAGAAUCCAGGGCCCUUCGGCCCGUCUCCCUACUGCCAGCAGCCGUCGGAGGCCUCAAACGUCGCUGCUCAUCAGGGAGGGGAGGAGAGAGGUCGGGACAACCUCGCACCCAGGGCCUGAACUUCCUGUAGAGGAUCCUGGCGUGCGGUGGUCUAGGCCCUCCUCACUCCUCUUCCUGUUGGCAUCUGCCUCAGCCAGGAAGCAGGCGGAGCAAAGGGGAACCUGGCUGUGUACCACAGAACGUCCAAUGAGUGUAAAUAAUUUUAAAAGCUCCUUCAUCCCUUGGAAUAAAACGGUUUUUCUGUA